GAAAAACGGUAUGAUCAUGAAACUAUUAAUAAUGAUGUACACAGUGUGUGCAAGACUUGAGAUGAGUGGUAUACAAAAUAUAUGUGAAACCCCAUUUAGUAUAAAUAAAAACAUACUAAUCAAUCACAAUGGACCACUAAACCCACUCAGAACGUACAUCAUGCACAAGAGCAGUUAUAUGUACAACAAGCGGAUGUUUUCACAGGAAAUAAACACUGAUUAUAGUCUGAAGAAAAGUGCAAAAUCAACAGAUAAUGAGCAUUUCUAUAUAUAUACCAGAAACCCAGAAAAUGAUAAAGCAUAUAAAUGUAGUGGUAUUGGGCGUAGAUAUACCCCUAAUUAUUUAUAUUACUACCACAAAACAAUGAUUUAUAUGUUUCCGUGCGAAAAUAAUAAUCUUUCUAUUGAGCCAUGUAGAAACGACUCUUUCACACGAUUUCUAAGAGCGCACUGCAACGAGGUGGACAGUCUGUAUCUUCUUGCUGCACUGCUGCUUCUUUCAGAGGGUAUUGAUGUUCCUAUUGCUAUAGAAAAAAAUAUACAUAGUGGUGAGAGAAUACUUUUAAAAUUUGAUUUUGACGAAUUUUCCUUUAUUGACCUGCCUUUAUGGUUGGAAAGCAUAGUGCCCAAAGAGGCAGAUCAGCAGAUGCACGAUACAAACAGUGUAUCAGAGAACAUUGAUUUAUACAUACGCCAGGAGAAUAUUAUGAAUGAAGUGGAAAGAAUAAUGGUAUACCAGAAGGAAACAGAAAAGAUUGUGCAGUUUUUUAAGAGUCUGUGUAUAGAGCCUUUUUUAUCUGAUUUAGAAAGGUGUAGAGAACCAGAAACACAAAAGAAUUUUAAUUUGGGUUAUUUUCUUGACAGUCCAGGAUUCCUUAUACAAUCUUAUAUUUUUGAGUACAUAGACAAUGUAGAGCAGUACAAGCUGUUUUUAGACAGUGUACAUACGUUGCUACAGAAAUUAUUAUACUACAUGGAAACAAAACCAUCAGAGCAACAAAAAAACCUGAUUAAGAAAAUUAUAGAUUAUUACUUUAUAGAUAAGAACGGCUUAUAUAGGAAUAUGCGCCGAAAUCAUAUUAUUGAUAUUUGCAACCUAAAAUAUAAAAUAGACAGAUCUUCAAUUCUUCCAUUCACAAGUAUAGAAAUGGUACCUUCCUACACCCGUGUGCCAGAGAAUGAAUACAAUCCAGAGAGCAUAGAGGACUUUGUACAAGACGAGGCAUUACAGUAUAGUGACCAUGUGGAGACAAUGCUUUUGAAUCUGUUCACAUGUCUUACAUACAACCCAGAAACCAAUCUAUGUUCAACUGAGCAUAUGCACGGUGCCUCUACAGCACUAAUAGAAUUUUUUAAUAAAUAUUCAGUACCCACAGAGAGUGCAAGCCAGGAAAAACACAGAGACUGGUGCAGAGUUGUAUCAAGGUUGAACAAUCCAAACAUUAGGUAUGUAAGAGAGAGUAGAACAGAGCUGUGUGGUGGGCUAGAGAACAUUCUAUAUGUGAUAUAUGAGCUGUUUGGUGAAAAUAUUAAUAUAAGAGCUGCUAUAAAGAAUAUAACUAGCAUUUCGUACAAUGAAGAGUCUGAAUCAGAAAUAAUAAAGAGUAUAAAAAGGCUAUUUUUGAAUAUUCUUAAUCAUCUAGCAGGAAAUCAUCAAAUCGGCAUUAAAUCAUCGGCCCUGGAAUAUCUGCUCGCAGUAGGGCAAACAUUUGAUGUAUUUGGUAGCAUUGCGCUCAGUUUUAAGGCUGAUAAUAGAGAGGAAAGUAUAGGACUGGAUAUCCAUCCAAAGUAUUCUAAGUUUUCACUUGUGUCAGAGUUUAGCGACUAUUCUGAAGAUGCAAGAAAUGAACUAAUGCAGACAAUCCGAAAUUACAGUUUCAUGGAAAGCUACAUUGGAAGAAUUAUUUGGAGCUAUUCAAAAAACAAUAUAAAGAGGCUGAAGAAAAAAACACCAAAACAAAAUCAAAACGCGCUUAAUACCAUGCUAGAUAGAAAUGUUCUAAAUAAAAUAUUUUUGUGGGGACGUAUAGAUUCUCUAGAAUACAAGGCAUCUAUAGUCAGAUAUUUUUUUAUUAACAGAGGAAAAAUACGAAAAUUACAUACUGACAAUCAGCUGCUGCGUAUUAUUAGAAAUAUUAUAGGAAGUGUAUCCCUUGAUGAUCUAGCAGAAAGAAAAUAUUAA